AGGUAAGAAUAAAUGUGAAAUUAGAGUGGCAAGUUUUAUGGAAGCAUUUUAGCAAGAGAAUAUGCCCUGGUCUUUCUCUCUUAGGAAGUCUCUUUUGAGCUCGGACUGAAGGAUGACAGGAGAUGAGUAGACAAAACUGCAAGUGGAAAAAAAGAAGGUCUAGAAGAAUGAAUGCAACAGCCUUUGGGUGGAGGGUCAAUGGCUGGUUCGAGAGCCUGAAAUCAGGCCAGUGUGGCUAGUAGGCAGAGGGCUUAGGGAGUAUGGGACAAGCUAGGCCGGAUAUGUAGGUGGGGCUGGACCAUGAAGGGCCCUGUGGUAGGAAAUGGUAACACUUCAAGUUUUAAUUUUCAUAGCAAAGGGAAACCAUUGACAUUGGAGGGGGUUAACGUGGUCAAAUUUGCACUUGGAAAAAAUCACUCUAGCCACAGUGCAGAAACAGAUUGGAGAGGUCAAGGGUGGUGGAUAUGCCAUGACCACUUGAGAAGCUAUUGUCAUAUUCCAGGAUGAAAUUAUGAUAGCUUGGCCUAGGGGUGGCAGGGGAGAUGGCAAGAAAUGAACACAUUCAAGAGACUUACGAUUGUUCAUUGAAUAGGACCUGUUGAGGCAUUGGAUAGAAAUGUGAAGAAGAGGAAGGAAGUCUUUGAAGUUGCUGACUUACGGAACAGACAGAUGGUGAUGCCAUUCACUAAUAUAGGGAACACUGAGGAAAGAAAGAUGGGCAGAGACCACGUAAGGUCAGUUUGGGACAUCCUGAAUUUGAGGCAUCAUUGAGGCAAUUCAUAUGUGCUUCUGGAGCUCAAAGGAGAGCAAAGGGCUAGAGUUAUAAGCUUAGGAGUCGUCAGCAUAUAGGUGAUAACUGCAGCUGCGACCAUGGGUGAGAUGAUUUAGGGAGACAGUACAGCAGGAGAGGAAGAGGACCAAACCCAAACCUUGAGAAGUGAGCCUGCAAAGUAGAUAGAGAAGAUAUGAUCAGAGAGUUAGGAGGGUGACCAUGGGGUGGGGUGCAGGGAAGCGUGUUUCAAAGAAGGAGAAGUCAGCAGCAUUGAAUGCUCUGGAGAAGUCAAGAAAAACGAGGCCUGAUUUGAAAACUGUCUUUUGUAUUUGGUGACAUGAAAUCAUUGGUAAUUGUAGUAAGGGCUGUUUUAUAGUGGAGGGAGAAAUAGAGGCAAAACUGUUUUAGAAUGGGUUGAGGAAUGAGUGGGAAGUGAAGAAAUGAAGACAGCUUGGCUGAGGACUUUGGCUGUGAAGGGAGAGGAGAGCGGGUAGCUGGAGGCGGAUGUGAGAUUAAAAAUUAAAAAAAAAAUUGAAUAGACUCAAGCAUUUGUAAAUGCCAAUAGGAAGAUCAGGUUUGGGGGUGGGAGUUGGGCUGGAGAAAACAUCAUGGUGGUUCAAGGACCCGAGACACAGGGAUAAUUAAUGGGGUGGGGUGCCUGAGAAGGGAGGAGGGAAUUGGCUCCCAAGCCCAGGUGGCAGUCUGCUCUGGAGCCAGAGGGAGGGACAGCUAACAGAAAGGACUGGUCUUCGUAGCUGCAGGCGGGUUGCAAUGGCUGGUUGUUGGAGAUGACGAAGGUCCCAUCUGACAGCCUCUGUCGGGUGAAAUUAGAGCUCAACAUCCUGGUGGACACAGGGAGCAGUAACUUUGCAGUGGGGGCUGCCCCCCACCCUUUCCUGCAUCGCUACUACCAGAGGCAGCUGUCCAGCACAUACCGGGACCUCCGGAAGGGUGUGUAUGUGCCCUACACCCAGGGCAAGUGGGAGGGGGAGCUGGGCACCGACCUGGUGAGCAUCCCCCAUGGCCCCAAUGUCACUGUGCGUGCCAACAUCGCUGCCAUCACUGAAUCAGACAAGUUCUUCAUCAAUGGCUCCAACUGGGAAGGCAUCCUGGGGCUGGCCUAUGCUGAGAUCGCCAGGCCUGACGACUCCCUGGAGCCUUUCUUUGACUCCCUGGUAAAGCAGACCCACGUUCCCAACCUCUUUUCCCUGCAGCUCUGUGGUGCUGGCUUCCCCCUCAACCAGUCAGAGGUGCUGGCCUCAGUUGGAGGGAGCAUGAUCAUUGGGGGUAUCGACCCCUCGCUGUACACGGGCAGCCUCUGGUACACACCCAUCCGUCGGGAGUGGUAUUAUGAGGUGAUCAUUGUGCGGGUAGAGAUCAAUGGACAGGAUCUGAAAAUGGACUGCAAGGAGUACAACUAUGACAAGAGCAUCGUGGACAGUGGCACCACGAACCUUCGUUUGCCCAAGAAAGUGUUUGAAGCUGCAGUCAAAUCCAUCAAAGCAGCCUCCUCGACGGAGAAAUUCCCAGACGGCUUCUGGCUUGGGGAACAGCUGGUGUGCUGGCAAGCAGGCACAACCCCUUGGAACAUUUUCCCAGUCAUCUCACUCUACCUAAUGGGUGAAGUUACCAAUCAGUCCUUCCGCAUCACCAUUCUCCCACAGCAAUACCUGCGGCCAGUGGAAGACGUGGCCACGUCCCAAGACGACUGCUACAAGUUUGCCAUCUCACAGUCAUCCACGGGCACUGUUAUGGGAGCUGUUAUCAUGGAGGGCUUCUACGUUGUCUUUGAUCGAGCCCACAAACGAAUUGGCUUUGCUGUCAGUGCUUGCCAUGUGCAUGAUGAGUUCAGGACGGCAGCGGUGGAAGGCCCCUUUGUCACCCCGGACAUGGAAGACUGUGGCUACAACAUUCCACAGACGGAUGAAUCAACGCUCAUGACCAUAGCCUAUGUCAUGGCGGCCAUCUGCGCCCUCUUCAUGCUGCCACUCUGCCUCAUGGUGUGUCAGUGGCGCUGCCUCCGCUGUCUGCGCCAUCAGCAUGAUGACUUUGCUGACGACAUCUCCCUGCUGAAGUGAGGAGGCCCAUGGGGAGAAGACAGAGAUUCCCCGGGACCACAUCUGGCUGGUUCACUUUGGUCACAAGGAGACACAGAUGGCACCUGUGGCCAGGGCACCUCAGGACCCUCACCCACCCACCAAAUGCCUCUGCCUUGACAGAGAACUAAAAUCUGGCAAGGUGGGUUACAGGGAUUACACCUGUAGGAAACAGGAGAGAGGAGAAAGAAACGCUCUGGUGGUGGGAAUACUCUUGGUCACCUCAAACUUGAGUUGGCAAAUUCUGCUGCUUGAAACUUCAGCCCUGAACCUUUGCCCACCAUCCCCCUCAAUUCUCCAACCCAAAGCAUUCUUCUUUUUCCAGAAGUGAUGGCACCACGCCCAGGUUCCCCCAGUUGUGUGUCUCUAGAGCACCCAGGCAGAGGAAGGGCCCAUCUUGUUCCCUGUUGGCCAAAGUCGGUUUGCUAUUGGCUUCAGAGAUAGGAACUAUACCAACAAGGCUGACAGUGGUGCAAAGAUUGCCUCUUGAAUUAAACAGAAAAUAAUCAGACUGAGUAUUUGUACACAUGGGGCAGUUGGAAGAGGAGGGGGAGAGGGAGUACAAAGACAGGCAACAGUGGGGAUCAAAGCUAGGAAAGGCAGAAACAUGGCCACUCGCCAAUCCCCGUUUUAGACUUCAUCUCCAAGACAGAAUCCCAUCUGGUAAGAGGGGCGCUGCUUCCCAAUGUUUUUUCUUUCUUUUUUUUUUUCCUGUGGUUGAAGCCUGACCAAAAGUGAGAUGGGAAGAAGGACUUAUUUAGCCAAAAAGCUCUUUUUAGCUCUUAAAUAUGAAGUGCCCACUAAGAAAUUCCAUCUAAGAAAUGAAUACCUGAUUAAUUCCACUGGUCUCCAUCUGAAUGCUUUGCUCUACCUAUGCUAGGCAGCAUUAAAAUAUCCCAACACCUCCAAACCCCGUUUCCCUAUGGGAAAGCAAUUGGAAUACAGCAAAUAGAGCAAGGCUGGGCUCCGUCUUCCUGGACACAUCUUCGCUCCCUCCUCUAAAUCCCUAGUCCUAUGUAGCUCUGCAGCUGAGGUGCUAAGAAUAGACAAGGGACCUCUCCUACCUAAUUCUUGAAAGCAGAAUCCUGAAGAUUCUUUCAACAGGUAUAGGGGUGAUGCCCUAUACUUUUGCCUGGAUUUCUUCUUGUUCAGCUGUUAGGCUGUAGUAUAAGAUCUUUACAUAAUACAGAGCAGUUUCACUGCUUUCUCACCCUCUCUAAUGUCCCCUCCACUUAUUUGGCUAAGGCAUUCCACAGUGGCACAAGUAUUAUACCAAGAGUGCCAGGAACACAGGGCUUCCUGGUUCUAGCAUUAUCGCCUUCAGUAUCAAGGCUGCCUGGAGAAAGGAUGGCAGCCUCAGGGCUUCCUUACUUCCUUCACCAUAAGAGUCCCUCAAUGGAAGCCACCUUUUUCUCCUGUCCUGCCUCCACUCCCCACUCCUAAUUGUACUUGGGUACCCAGACUGGUUCUUGGGCUAGGUAUUGGGGACUAAGUUCAUUUCCAAUCAGUUCUAACACAGUGACUACGAUACCAGUGUUAGUGGGAAGAGCUGAAUUUUCCUAGUAUACCCACUGGAUCCUCUUCCUAUGUGGUCAACACACUGUUUCCAGGUAUGGGACCUGCCAAGUGUGGAACUACCUGAUGAGGGAAAGGGAAAUACAAGGAGGGCCUCUGGAGAUCCUGGCCUCAGUCAGCUGCCCACAAGCCAUAAACCAAUAAAGCAAGAAUAUUGAGUCACAGUUUUUGAUCUGGAUUCUCUUCAUUUCCCGGCACUUGGUGCUGCUCUGGCUGACUGGGAACACCCCAUAACCACAAAGACUGACAGGAAGACUGGAGACUGUCCACUUCCAGCUUGGAACUUUCUGUGUAAAUAAACUUCCAGAAUUGCUACCGUAAAAUGAAAAUGCCACAUUCUGCUUUAUAAUUUUUAUCCAUGAUGCGGAAAACUGCCUUUCCCCCAGCUCUUCCCAGGGCAUAAAACCCAGCCCCUUCAUUAGUAAGUUCCAAUAUCACAUUUUCUUUUAGGAGAAAAUUUGUGCUUAUUUUUCUUUUUACAGUUACUUCGUUUCUACCCUGAAACUAUAAACUCUAAAUGGAAAAAAAAAAUCUUGACAAAAGCUUCUUGCUUGUAAAAGUAUGUAUUACAUGUCUCUAUUUUUAAAUACUACCCCAAAAAAAUGACUGUCCCAUCUCCACUCACUGCAUUAAGGGCCUUUCCCAUUGGCCUGUAUGGCUUUUACCAGUGCAGGCCAGUGGGCAGAAGGAACAGGGAGAACAAAGGUAGCCAAAACUUCAGUGUUGUUUUCUGAUCAAGAUCCUGAAUAAGAAAAAGAGCAACAAUAAAGCCCCAGCUCCCAAGCACAACUCCCCAAAACACUUGUCCUCCUGCUACAGUUGGCUUUCAAGGGCUUUUACUAGGAAGCAGUUAAGCACCCCUACUUAUUCCCUCCCUUUUCACUCUACUCCUUUGGUUCAAAGAUUUGUGGAAAGUAAACAGAAUAUUCUUUAUAUUCAUUUCUAAUUUCUAAAUUUUCAAGAGAUACUGAAAAGUACUGCAGGUGGCCCAAGGGCUGCUGCAAAGUUGAGGGAAAAUAAAAUCUUAAGAUUAUGAGAUAAAAAAUGAAUCCCCCCCAAACCCUCAAAUGAAAAGAACAAAGGAACUGGUCUUCCACUUUGCCACAUUCCCUGAUCAUGACAGCUACCAAACGGGAGAUAUUAAUAUUUCAUUAAUCGAAGCAAGUGAGUCAUCUGACCUCUCUAGAGGGGAGUAUACUGAGGCCAUUUCAAUCACCCUACAAGAUGCCAAGGAGGUCCUGGGAAACUCAACUCCUUACACUGAUGCCAGUCAAUAAACCUGGGCAAGUAAGGCAAGAGAGGAGAAAAAACAUGUCCAUGAGCUGAGAGGCAAGGAUGAAAGACAAAGAAGGAAAAGAGUAAUAAAAACAGACAGGAGAGGAUUUAGAUGGAUCUUAAAGGAAAAGUCUUUGCUACCCUGAUAUGUAUUGCUAGUGCCAGUAAGCAUUUCCAGGUCCCAGAAUGAGGAAAAUUCAGUUGUUGGUAAUGUAAUAAUGUCCUUCCCCUGGAGCUAAUUUUUUUUAAAUUUAACCCUUAGUUUUUACUUUAAUUCCAAAAGAGAAGGGUGCUGAUGCCAUUUCUGGUAGGAGGAAAGAUAAAAGGAUAGGAAAAGACUCAAAGCUCUAAUGGAUGCACAGCUCUCCCAGGUAUAAA